GAAUGAGUCCUGUGUUGUUGCAACAGUUGGGCUCUGGAGCGGUGGUUCCCCACUGGAUUCCGAGCCGCAGAGCCUCCCCGGCAUCAGUCCCGAGCCAUCGCGGACUACAUGAGCCGUCGGGGUUGGGGUACGGCAACGACGCGUCUGUACUAUGCGUGGCAAGAAUUCUGGCGUGACGCCGCCCGGGUCGCGGAGGCACAGGCGUACGUAGUCUCGUUCGGACGUACCGUACUGUGGCCUCUGUUGGUGACACUCACGUUGACCGGUGCGGGUGUCGGAUGUGCCCGUUGGGUGUACCGUACGGUGGUGUAUCCACCGAGUGCGUCGGAGUUGCACGCGGAAGGGUUGCGGUGUCUGACAGGGCGGUCCGGGCUGGCUCGUGCCGAAGCGCUGUGGCGGACGGCACGGCAACGCGAUCCGACCUACACUCCGGUUGUCUUGUCGCUGGCGGCGUACUUUUUGUACCGGAGAAACGAUCCGGUGGAGGCCUUGCGAGUGUUGGACGAGUACAGUAGUAGUAGUGGUAGUGGUACUGGUAGAAUUAGUAUUGGUAUUGAUACGGACCCCGACGUGGCCACCAUUCGACUGGACGCCCUAGCCAUGCAGUCGGGACAAACCGCCAUGGUCCAGUCUUUACUGGCGGAACAUCGGUAUUUGAGCGUCGCGUCCUUGGGCGUCUCUUCUUCGUCGUCGUGACGAGUACGGGAUGUGGAUCCUCAUUCCCGUCACGGGCGCCACAAUCGAGAUCAAAUAAUGGAAUGAAUGAGUCGGGUUGUACC